CGCGGCGGGAACUACACGUCCCGGCGUGCGCCGCUGCGGGCGGGGAGCGGCUCGGGGGUGGUGGAGCCCUGAGGCGGAUGAGGGCGAGGCUGGCGGUGCGCGGCUCUGGCGGUCUCUGAGUUGUGGUUCCCGGGAAGAGUGAGAGGCUCAGGAUGUCGAGGAAUUUCUCUGACACAGGCAGUAGGAAAGAGCAUGUUAAAAUUACAAGUGAGCCCAAACCAGGGUUCCUGGAGCGCCUCAGUGAGACUUCUGCAGGCAUGUUGAUUGGACUUGUGACAUUUCUUCUGGCUUUCUACCUUCUUUUUACCAAUGAAGGACGGGCUUUAAGGACAGCCAAAUCUCUCGAUGAGGGGCUUUCUCUUGUGGUCCCUCUGGACAGCAUCCAUGGUAUCUCUCAGCAGAAUGAGGGGAGACUGGUGCACUUGGCAGGAGCUCUGAGUACGUCUAAGCCUUUGUUUGACCCCAGCUAUGGGCUCUCCAUCCAAGCUGUCAAACUUAAGCGCAAUGUGGAAAUGUACCAGUGGGUAGAAUAUGAAGAUUCCAAGGAAUAUGAGGAAAACGGUGAGAUUAAGAAAGAGACAAAGUAUUCAUACAAUACAGAGUGGAAAUCAGAAGUUGUGAACAGCAGAAACUUUGAUCGAGAGAUUGGACACAAAAACCCGAGUGCCAUGGCCGUGGAAUCUUUCACUGCUGUUUCUCCUAAUGUCCAGGUUGGCAGCUUUGUUCUUUCCCGGGGUCUCGUGGACAAAAUUGAUGAUUUCAAGCAGUUGAGUUUGUCACACUUGGAGGAUCCCCAUGCUGAUGUUACCCGCAGAGGAGAUUACUUCUAUCACAGUGACAACCCCAGGAGUCCAGAAGUGGGAGACCUUCGUGUCUCUUUCUUCUAUGCAGGUCUGAGUGGAGAUGAUCCCCAUCUGGGCUCUGCUGCUAGGGUGACUGUGAUUGCUCGGCAGCGAGGUGAUCAGCUCAUUCCUUAUCAUACCAAGUCUGGAGAUGUUCUGGAGAUUCUGUACCCUGGGGACCUCUCUGUGGAGGAGGUGUUUCAGAAGGAGCAUGAGAGUAACACCAUGAAGACCUGGGCCCUCCGUGCAGCCGGCUGGCUCUCAAUGUUUGUGGGCAUCAGCCUGAUGACCCGAAUCUUUUACACACUAGUGGACUGGUUUCCUGUUGUGAGGGACCUGGUUAACGUUGGCCUGAAGGCGUUUGCCCUGUGCGUGGCCAGCUCGCUGUCCCUGCUGACCAUCUCUGUGGGCUGGCUCUUCUACCGCCCGCUCUGGGCCCUGCUCCUGGCGCUGCUCUCCGUAGUCCCCAUCGUGGUGGCCAGGUCCCGUGUUCCGCCCAAGAAGCAGCAGUGACCAGCAGGUGGUCGGGUCUUGGCUGAGUCCUGGGUAGAACCUUCCCAACUGCAUUUCUGCCCAGUUCCUACAGCAAGCUUACGGCAAAUCACAGCUCAGCAGCGAGCACUGAAAGCUGGGGAGGGGGCUUGAGUGCAAUUAUUGGAACACGAUAUCCAUAGGACUAUAGGAUGCUGUUUGUGUGAAGUCAGUGACACCAGCUUUGGGGAAAAAAGCAUUUUGGGUGUGUGUAUUGAUGGUAUGUUAGUGAACAAGCAGAUUUGUACCUCUUACUGUGUAGUAAUUCCCCGAUUUGAAAACUGGCAAGUCCUUGCUGGGUGGGGCACCUUGUGUGUUUUGGAGAAAGUGCCAGCUGCAUCCCAUGGACCCUGGUUAGAUGUCCUGAGGAAGUGCAUGUGCCUGCCUGUCUCUGACAAAUCCUCUCUCUGCUGCUUUUUCUUGUUUGCAAUCAGGAGCACUCCUUUGGCUGAUGUGUUUGGCAGUGUAUGUGUUCAAAGGGAAAACAUAGCUUAGGUGAAUUCCACACAAUACUCAAGUAAACCCUCUGCUUUUGGACUGAGGAUUUUCCAAGUCAUUGGUGUAACGAGUGGCCAGGUUAGCAAUGCUCUGAGGUUGGCAGAUUUAUCAGGACACAUUGAUUUUCCCCAGGUUUUAAAAGUGUCUGAAGUUGUUCUUGGUUAAGCAUACAAAAUGAUAGCCCGGACUAUAUCAUUGCUGAACUGUUUCAAAAAUUUCACUUCAAAUUGCACUUAAAGGGAUACUCAGAGGUCAUUCACCUGUAAAUAUAAAACCUACUGCCUUGAAGUAACAUUGACUUUUAUAACGAAAUGUGUAGUCUUUAAUUGGGGUUUUUUUUUCUCUGUAUACUGUUCCUUUCUUUAAUUUCACUUAGUAAGGACAAUGAACAUACUCCAUGUAAUUAAGUAAUGGAAAUAUUUUUGCCUGAUUAGUUUUCAUAUAUUUUAGUAGCCUAAAUUGUUAGUUUUGUAUCAUGUUAGAGGAAUGCCAUGUAGUGUUGUGGUGGCUCAUGUUUAUCUGCUGUAACCAGUACUUAAGGUUAGAGACACCCUGAAGUCUCUCCACCAAGCUAGUCUGGCUUCCAGAUGGGCCUCCCUAUACUAGUGUGUUUUGGGGGAUUUUGUAAGUAUACACAAUUCAGUACAAAAAUCAUGUUUUCUCUUAUGAAGUCUAUUUAUGUCCAUCAGAAGAGUGUUCUCUGUACCAAAGAACUUGAACAUACAUUGGAGCAAAUAUUUGCUAGAAAUAGAUACUGAAAUAGAAAUCUGAGCUAGAAAUCACUUUUUUUUUUUUUUUUUGAGAAUUUAUAAUUACUUUAUUAGUCUUAAUUACUUCCAUUCUUUUGGUAUUUGAGUGUUAUCAGUUUGGUCUCACAGCUCUGUCCUGCUGGUGAAAGGCAGGUACAGGAGAUGGCCUUGUGCAUGCACUGGUACGUGGCAGUGGUGCUGCUGCUCAGCAGCACCAUCUCAUGCUGUCAGGAAUUGUGCUCCACAGGGCAGAGAAACUGCCUUUGAACUGCUGCUGUUUUGCCUGUGAUGCAGCAUAUUAACCACCAUUACUUAUUGGAAGUGAAGUGACAAUUUUCUACAGAAGUGCUGAGCUUUUGUAUAUUUAAUAAAAUACAUUUUUCAAAA